AUGGAAGUUGGUAACAACAUAACCACAGUCACUACAUCUGUUCUCUUAGGACUGUCCAACAACCCUCAGAUCCAGGCCCUGCUCUUUGUGCUCUUCCUGGGGAUUUACCUUCUGACCCUGAUGGGAAACCUGACGAUGCUACUGGUGAUCAGGGCUGAUUCCCACCUCCACACGUCCAUGUACUUCUUCCUGAGUCACCUCUCCUUUCUGGAUGCUUUCUAUUCCUCAAUCAUUGUACCUAAACUUUUAGAGAACCUUCUUUCCAAAUGGAAGACUAUAUCCCCCCUUGAGUGUUUUACUCAGAUCUCCUUGGUCAUAUUUUCUGGGACCACUGAAGCUUGCCUCCUUUAAGUCAUGGCCUAUGACUGGUUCCAGGCUGUAUGCCACCCACUGUUGUAUGUGGUGGCCAUGAACAGGAAGGUAUGUACUGGCCUGGUGGGAGCAUCCUGGGCCAUAGGAGUGGGGACAGGCCUGGUUAACAGCAUCCUUCUGGAUCAGCAGCUUUUCUGUGGCCCCAAUCUUGUCCACAGUUUUGCCUGCGAGCUUCCCCCAGUCCUCCUGUUGGCCUGUUCUGACCCUUACAUUAGAUUGCCUCCAUCUGACCACAUGGCGGUCCUGGGCCUUGGCACCCUUGUCCUAUUUCUGGGCUCCUACACCUGUAUCAUCAUGACAGCCCUGGGGAUCAACUCUUUCACGGGUCGGAGGAAGAUCUUUUCCACCUGCUUUUCUCAUUUUCUUGUGGUCACCAUCUUUUAUGGUUCAGGAGUUUUCAGGUACAUGACUCCAGCAUCUGGCUCAGCCCUGGAACAAGUGCUCUCUGUGAAGUACAGUGUGGUGGCCCCGUUGCUAAACCCUCUCAUCUACAGUCUGAAGAACCAGGAAGUGAAAGCAGCCUUCAAGAGAGUGCUGGCCAGGAAGCCCAGGCUUACCUUCUAA